GCCGCGCGGAACGGACGCUGGCCCGAACAACGCGACACCUCGUGCCCGCGAAUCGUCGCGUUUCGUUCGACCGAAUACGAGCGGAUUUCUUGUCUUCUCGCGAGCGGGGAUUAUUGGAAGAGAUCGAAGGAACGCCGUCGAUCGAGCUUCUCUUCUAUUUUAUAUACUGUGACCGGUUUUUCUCGUGGAUAUCUUUACGUACGUAUGAGUUAAGGUGUUACGAAAAGAUACACGAUCGAAACGCACAUCGUGGACAUAGUCCGGUCCUACUAAAAGAGUCCAUCAGGAGAGAAAGCAAAGAAAGAGAUCGGUAGCCGCGGAAAUCGCAAUUUUCGUAUCGUUCUUGUAUCGGUUAUCUCGUCGCGAGUGAGCGGUUUCGUGCGAGUUCAGGAGCAGACACGACCCUGGAUCCUUUCGGUCGUUCACUCCCGCUCGAGUCUGGAUCCUUUUCUAUGAUACAAGCGCCGUUGGAUAAGCCGAGCAUCGUCUCGGACGUUCCUCGUACCAGGUAGAACGGAACGCAAAGCUGGUACGAGAUGACGAGCGGCGGAGGAGAAGCGAAAGGAUCGCGCCAGGUUCGCGACCGGUCUUGUUGACCAUCCGGUUAUCGUCGGUGGAUCUAACGCGAGGAAUGUACGAUAUCUCGCGGCGCGUAUAUGCUCGGUGACAGUGACUACGGAUGAUAGGGUAAAGCAGUUAUAUAUUUUAUGCUGGAAAAAGAGGUUCAUCGGAAAGUGUGUGUUGAGUCGUCGCGGACGAAGGAAGAUCGAGAGAGAAAGAGAGAUGAGGUGAUUGUGUUUGGUGGUUGGUGCUGGUGGGUGAUAAAAUUUGACUGGAAAGGUGAUAAAAAAGAGAUCUAGGAGAAUCAAGAGAAACAAAGAUAGAUCGAGAAAAAUCGAAAGAGAGAGAGUGAGAGAGAGAGAGAGAGAGAAAGAGAGAAGUUUGGAGUAGUCGGAGGUGGAAGUUAGACAAGGUGGAAGAUCCUGGAGAAGAAGAGGGAAGCGAGGAAGAGGAGGAUAUACCAUCGUUGAAGGAUCGGUCCGAGGAUGGAAGGGUCGAGAUAAUAAAAGGAGAGAGGAGUGUAGAGCAGAGUAGAAGGAGCGAGAGAGGAGAGAGGAGAGAAAAGAGAGAGAGAGGAAGAGGCGGUUAGCAGGAGGAGGCCGGGAGGAGGCCAGGAUGCGGCCGGUAAGGCACCUGCUACUGUUGUUCCUCGUCCUGGGAGCGAGCCUCGCCCCGGGCACGCGGUCCGAGCUGGUCAGAUGCUUCGAGGUUUCCGAGAACGCUCGGCCAGGCACCAGGGUGGGCUUCAUCGACGCGGAGAACCCUCCGUAUCUGGUAGUUUCGGUCUCAGGAUCAGCAGUGGACGCUGAUCUGACGGUUGACCAGACAACGGGUGAGAUUAAGACCAGGGUGCCAUUAGAUCGUGAGACAAGGCCGUCUUAUACUUUGGUCUCCUUACCGCAGAACGUAAAGGUCGUGGUAAAGGUAUUGGACGAGAACGACAACGCACCGACCUUUCCUGUAGAUCGGGUUGACGUUGAGUUCCCAGAGAAUUCACCGAGAGACGCGAAACGUGCAUUACCACCGGCAAAAGACCCUGAUCUCGGUCAAUACUCGACGCAACGUUACGAGAUCGUUUCAGGUAACGACGGCGAGGCGUUUAGGUUGUCGCAGCAUCGCGGUCGCGACGGCGUUCUCUAUCUGGAUCUUCAGAACGGCGGAACGUUGGAUCGCGAAGCUCGCUCCAACUACCGUCUCGUGAUCGAGGCUCUCGACGGGGGCUCGCCAGCGUUACGCUCGAGGCUGCACGUGAACGUGACGGUGCAGGACGUCAACGACAAUCCGCCGAUCUUCAAUCAGACUCGGUACGCGGCGAGCGUGCCGGAGAACGCGACCGUCGGCACGCCGGUCUUAGCCGUGAACGCUAGCGACGCCGAUGCCGGUGAAAACGGUCGGAUCGAGUACUCGAUCAAUCGUAGACAAUCCGAUCGCGGCGAGAUGUUCCGUAUUGAUCCGGAGAGCGGUAUGGUUUACGUGAACAAGGCGUUGGACUUCGAGUCGAAGGAUCGUCACGAGUUGGUGAUCGUAGCGAGAGAUCGGGGUGCUCAGCCGCUCGAAGCGAGCGCUUUUCUGUCCGUCCGUGUCACCGACGUCAACGACAAUCAACCGGCGAUCACGGUGAUCUUUCUCUCGGACGACGCCACACCUAAGAUCAGCGAGAGCGCUCAACCGGGCGAAUUCGUUGCAAGGAUAUCGGUCAGUGAUCCUGACUCGAGGACAGAAUAUUCAAAUGCGACGGUCACGUUGACCGGUGGCGAAGGACAUUUUGGUUUGGCUACAAGAGAUAAUAUAAUCUACUUAGUCGUAGUUGAGAGACCGCUCGAUCGAGAGGAGAAGCCAGUUUACGAACUUUCGGUUGAAGCUACGGACGCUGGUACACCACCCUUAAGAGCGACUCGUAAUUUCAAGCUACUAGUCACCGACGUUAACGAUAACGCGCCAAAAUUCGAACGUGACACCUACGAGGCUCAUCUCCUCGAAGCCUCCGAACCAGGUACAUCGGUCCUUCGAGUUCUCGCUACCGACUUGGACGAAGGUGCCAAUUCAGCAGUAAGAUACUCAAUACGUAAUUCCACUUGGUUCGCCAUCGACGAGACCUCAGGAUUGAUCAGUACGAUCAGCCAUGUCGAUUGCGAAGCUGACCCAGCUCCUAUACUCAUAGUUGUAGCCACUGAUUCUGGACGUCCACCUCUCAGUAGUAGUGCUACAGUUCGUGUUACGGUUCACGAUCUCAACGACAACGAACCCAUCUUCGAGAAGCCGCUCUACAAUGCCACCGUGCCGGAGGAUAUGCCAGUUGGACGCUGUUUUCUCAAGGUACAAGCUACCGACCCGGAUUGCGGAGUAAACGCGAUGGUGAAUUAUACUUUGGCAGCCGGAAGAUUGGAAAGCGAGUUGCUUCAAGCACGUAGUGAUACCGGAGACAUUUGCGUGAGAGCAAUGCUCGACAGAGAAACUGCUCCCUACCUCGAGAUUCCUGUCAUCGCCACCGAUAGAGGUGGUCUUAGUACAAUAGCAAUCGUCCGCGUACAAAUAACCGAUGUGAACGACAAUAGUCCGAUAUUUGAACCUCAGAAAUAUAACGUGACUUUAAGAAGCGAUGCACCGUUUCAAGGGCCAAUUUUAAGGGUAGUAGCCAGUGAUCUCGAUGCAGGAUUAUUUGGACAAGUUGCUUAUAGAAUAACCAGCGGUAACGAAGCUGGAAUAUUUCGGAUAGAUCGAAAUACAGGUGAACUUCAUGUUUCAAGGCCGAGUCUUCUAUCGAGAUCGGCUUUGCACCAACUCAAUAUCACGGCUACUGACGCAGCUGGCUUGAAAAGUACCGUCGAUGCGGAAGUUAGGAUAACGAUGUCCCUUCCAGGACACAGGAUAGCGACUUGCGAGAGACCACGUUACGUUCUCUCCGUUAAAGAAAACCAACCGCAAAGUACUGUCGUUGGAGGUAUCAAGGACACCGUAUCUACGUCAUCUUUACCAGGUGAACGACCAAGUCGAUUUUAUUUAGCGACAGACGAACCUGAUCUAUCUAUGGAUCCCAACACGGGAAUGUUAAGGAUUCGAUUACCUCUUGAUCGAGAAACACGAGACAAAUAUAUUUUAAGCGUCGAAGCGAGAAACGGUGGUUCAACUGGAUAUUGUCAAGUCGAAGUAUUAGUGGAAGAUGUGAACGACAAUGCACCCUUCUUUCGAAGCGUAAGCCUACGAAUAUCAGUACCAGAAUCUCAUCCCCUUCACACAGCCCUCUUUGUAGCUCACGCAACCGAUCGAGAUUCAACGCCCUCGUUACCAAUCCGUUACGUACUUGUACAAAAUAGCAAUGAUCUCUUUGGCAUAGACGGACGAACUGGCGAGCUUUAUCUAGCAAGACGAUUAGAUUACGAGACUCAACAGAGACAUGGUCUCCUGAUAAGAGCUUUAGAUGGUGCAGGACUCUCUGCGAAUCUCAGUUUGAGCGUGGAGGUUCAAGAUGUGAAUGACAACCCCCCAGUGUUCGAGAGGAACGAGUAUCACGUGGAGGUUCCCGAAGGCGCCAGGCUCGAUUCCCAAAUUCUUCAAGUUACUGCAGUGGAUCUCGACACAGGAAACAACGCGAGAUUGAGUUAUCGUCUCCAGGGUUCCACGGCGUUUCGCAUUAGUCCAAACACCGGAUGGAUUUACCUGGCGCAGGUGCUCGAUCGUGAAAGCGUCGAUCGGUACGCGUUAACAGUAUUGGCAACGGACAACGGUUCACCUGCGGCUACAGCGAGUGCCUCUGUUCUCGUAUCCGUUCUCGAUGACAAUGACAAUGAGCCACGCUUUGAGAAAGAUUUUUAUGCAUUUGAAUUAUUGGAAAAUCUACCAUCCGAUACUAUCGUUGGUUCUGUCAGUGCAACCGAUUCUGAUCUUGGCAAAAAUGCUCUACUUAGAUAUGCCAUCGUCCAGGUUAACAGUAGCUUCUCUGUGGAUCCUGAUACAGGCGAGAUCACGACGCGCGAGCCUCUUGAUCGCGAAAAGAAAGGAUCGCAUGAGUUAGUACUCGAGGCAAGAGAUCAGGGGACACCUUCGAGGGCAGCUAGAGUGUCCUUGAAAGUGACCGUGCUCGACGUUAAUGAUAAUUCGCCGGAGAUCGUCGAUCCUCAGGGUGAUGUCGUCAGCGUGAGAGAAGAGCAACCACCUGGAACCGAAGUGGCUCGAGUUAGGGCCUUGGAUACCGAUCUCGGUGAAAAUGCAUCCGUAACUUACAGUAUUUUGAAAGAUCGCGACUCCGAUGGUUACAACGUUUUCACGAUCGACCCGAUCACUGGCAUGAUCAGGACCAAGGCCGUUCUGGAUCACGAAGAACGCAAUGUAUACCGGGUGUCUGUGAAGGCAACGGACGCUGGCCGGCCGCCACGACACAGUGUCCGUGCUUUGAGAGUCGAGGUCCUGGCACUUGCCGAUAACCGGCCGACCUUCACCAGCAGCAGUUUUACCUUUAACGUAUGCGAAGAUGCUAAUAUCGGACAAGCUGUAGGAUCGGUAUCAGGAGCAGGGCCAGCAGGACGUGUGGCCUUCACCUUGCAUUCGUUAACGCCCAUCAGUGAAUUCCCAGCCUUCGACGUAGAUCGAGGUUCAGGUCAAUUGGUGGUCGCUCAUUCGCUUGAUCGCGAAAACGUGAGCGAGUAUCAUCUGGAGAUUCGUGCGUUGGACACAACGUCAAUCGGAAAUCCUCAAAGUAUUGCAGUUUCGGUGAAGAUCGUCAUAGAAGAUGCCAAUGAUAAUCCACCUCGUUGGCCACAAGAUCCGAUAACGGUUCGAGUCUCGGAAAAGGCUAUGAUAGGCUCGACGAUUUAUAAUCUAGUAGCUACAGACUUGGAUAGCGGUUUGAAUGGUGAUCUAAGGUACGGCUUGGUAGCUGAAUUUCCUUCGAGCGGUGGUUUCGUCGUUGACUCUCUUACCGGUGCCUUGUCUCUUACGAAACCUCUUGACAGAGAAGAAAGAGCAGAAUAUACUUUGAUUCUUAAAGCUUCCGAUCGUGCACCACCCGGUGAACAAUUGGCAUCAACCGUUACUGCCAGAAUCAUGGUCCUUGAUCAAAAUGAUAACGAUCCUGUUUUCGUCGCUCCAGAGACAACUAAAAUCGCUGUCACUUCGGAUGUCUUACCAGGAGCGACUUUGGUAAGAGUGGUCGCGGUAGAUAAGGACGCAGGUGACAAUGGUCGAGUAUCUUACGUGAUUACAUCGGGAAACGACGAAGCAAGAUUUUCAGUAGGUUAUGAGUCCGGUAUAGUCAGUCUCACGAGACCCAUGAUCCGACCCACGGAACUUGAGAUCACGGCCAACGAUCACGGAUCACCGCCACGCAAGGCCACCCUGAAGCUGACCUUGACCCUCGCCGCUGGACAGACCAGAGGACCUCCUCGACUACUGCUUUCCAAUCCUGUCGCUCGAAUCUCCGAGGAUCUUCGAACUGGCGCGUCCGUUAUGGACGUUGCUGGACCAGCCAUCCUCGAUCAAGGCAACAUCAGCUUCAGCAUACCGACAAACGUGGCCGCAGAUAAGUUCGCUAUUUCACCGAGCGGCCUAGUAACUCUUCGAGGAUCUUUGGAUCGAGAAGAAGUUUCGCAAUAUUACGUACCGAUUGUCGCUAGAUCAUCGAAACUUUUGGAUAUCACCACGUUGGAAGUUAAAGUUUUGGAUGAAAACGAUAACAGUCCAAAAUUUCGUGCUGGAUCUUGUUAUACUUUGGCUAUACCAGAGAAUGAAGAGAAUUCCAUUAUUCAUACUAUUGCCGCCAUGGAUAUCGACGAAGGAAAAAAUGGAGAACUUCAUUAUAGCAUAAUCGGUGGCAACAUCGGAAAUAAAUUUACUUUGGAUUCCUCGUCUGGUGCAUUAUCGAUGAUCAAUCUUGACCGAGAAACUGUACCAAAAUACGUUUUAACUAUAUCGGCAAAAGAUAAAGGAAGACCAAGUUUAGAAGCUCGUUGUAAUCUCACGGUAAUUGUUCUCGACGUGAACGAUAAUGCACCGAUCUUUUCACAAAAUCAAUAUACGGAAUCUCGUCCUCGUGGUGCACUUCAAAUCGAUUAUAGCGGUUAUAGUCUCUCUGGUGGCUUUCAAUAUGGAUCUUCGAAUUAUCCGACGAGUUAUCAUCCUGGAAAAUACAUAGCAACCAUCUCGGAAGAUGCCGCACCGGAUUCAAGCGUUAUGUCGGUGAGAGCAACUGAUCCUGAUCAAGGUGUCAAUGGGAAAAUAACUUAUGCGAUUGCUGAAGAAAAUAGUUGGUUGUUCAGGGUUGACAAUUUAACUGGUGUCAUAACUACUGCUGGACCGCUCGAUCGAGAACGUCAGAGUUCGUUCAACUUCCUAGUCGUAGCAACGGACAGUGGAAAAUACGACGCAAAGAGCACGUCGAUACCGAUCGAGAUCACCAUCACUGACGUAAACGACAACGCUCCGGUUUUCGAGGAAUAUCCGUUCCGUGCUAGAGUAUCUAUAGGUACUCAACCCGGUCAGAAUAUUCUUCGAGUCGUUGCAAAGGACGCUGAUCAGGGUGCCAACGGAGAGGUCGUUUAUUCAUUUUUGCACGAACAAGAAAAACCAAAAUUUCGGAUACAUCCAAGUACGGGAGUAAUCACGGCAACUUUGUCAUUAUCUCAAGACAACGGAAAGACCUAUCGAUUGGAGGUCCUAGCACGAGACAAAGGAAAUCCACCAAAAAGUGCUAAAGGUCUGAUUGAGGUUCAAGUAGGAGAACCAGCCGAUUUAGCGCCAGCUCUCAAAUUCCAAAAUGAAACCUACGACGUGGUGGUCCAAGAAAAUUCCUUAUCUGGUACCGACAUCGUUCAGAUAACUGCGGUUCGUUCUGACAGCAGGAGACAACACGUGUCCUAUUCGAUAGGAUCUGGAAAUGACUUUGGUACAUUCGCCAUCGACGAAGAUACAGGAUUAUUACGUGUGAAUGAUCCAAGUAGACUGGAUGCCGAGCUUUGGAACGAUCUAACGGUGAGACCAAACGACGAACAACCCGACGAAGGCCGUACGAAUGCCUGGGGAAGAUCUCUUGAGAAUCAACAGCCUAAGGAAGAACCGAGAGAGAGUUCAAAGCACACGCUGACUGUCGUGGCUAGAACGACGGGACCGGAUUCCCUGGAGGCCUAUGCCAAGGUCGUUGUCAGGGUCUCCGACGUGAACGACAAUCCACCGAUCUUCACACAAACGCAAUACUCCGCGACUGUACUCGAGGGUAACACUAAAGGAGAUUUCGUGGUCAAGCUAUCAGCGAGCGACGCGGAUCAAGGAUUGAACAGCAGAAUUCUCUAUCACAUUGUUGACGGUAAUCCCGACAAUGCUUUCACCAUCAGUCCACCUUACAGUGGAAUAGUUCGGACCAAUAUAGUACUCGAUCGUGAGAUCCGCGAGAAGUAUAGAUUAACGAUCAUUGCUACCGAUCAAGGAAACCCACAAUUGACUGGCACAGCGGCUCUUAGCGUCAGAGUAAUCGACAUCAAUGACAAUCAUCCAACCUUUCCCGAACACAACAUUAUCUCCGUAUCCGAAGGUACUGCAGUAGGAAGCGUGUUAACGACCAUAACAGCGAACGACGUGGACAGUUCACCUGCAUUGAUUUAUCGCUUCAGCAAUACAACUGAUCCAGGUCCAUUCAGCAUUGACAGAUAUGGUGGAAAAGUAAUUUUACGAAAACCAUUGGAUGCAGAAACGAAAUUCGAAUAUACUCUUCGUGUAAUUGCAAGUGAUGGCAUACACGAAGCUACAACAGACAUGACCGUACGAGUUGCUGAUCUGAACGACAACGCGCCAAGAUUUCAGCAAACCGCCUACGUCGCAACGCUCUCAGAGGGACAUGGUGGUCUGCAAGAAAUACUCACGGUUAACGCAACUGAUGACGAUUUCACCGAAGACAACAGCAGAAUACGAUAUUAUCUUUUACAACCCGUCAAAGGUUUUACCGUUCAUCCAAGCACAGGUGUAUUGACAGUUAAUCGUACGGCCAUACCCAGACCAUUGCCAAAAGAAGUAGAACUGACAAUCGUGGCCGAGGAUCAUGGUAAACCAUCAGCUUCAGCGACUUGUUCGGUCGUUGUAAGACUCAGCAGCCUUAAGAACACUUUGCCCGGACGAGAAUACAAGAUCAAUGCGAAAGAGAACUCAUCGAGGGGCAAGACUUUGAUGAGAUUAUCGGAUGUCGAUCUUUUGGACGGUGCUAUCGUCGCUGGCGACGAGACUGGAGUUUUUGAAGUGUCCAGAGGAAGGUUGAUCUUAGCUAAACCCCUCGAUCGAGAAAUGAAAGACAUAUAUACACUUAGACUUGGUUCGAGAGAUGAGAAUACGACAAUGGGUUCCUUGGUUGGAGAUGAACUUGUUACAGUAACAGUUAUCGUCGAAGACAUAAACGACAAUUAUCCGAGUUUCCUUGAAGAAUUAUAUCAAGUAUCGAUUAAAGAAGAUGCAGCAUUUGAUAGUACCGUAGCUAUGUUACAUGCCAAGGAUGACGAUUUAGCUGACACACCAGCAGCCAUUUUGACGUACGAUAUCACGUCGGGAAACGAUGCGGGACUCUUUCGUGUGGAAAAAACUACCGGUGCUAUUUUGGUGAAUGCAACGCUCGAUUGCGAUUUAGAGCCUGAGGUUUAUAAUCUCGUUGUCAUGGCAUGUGACAGUGAUCCCUCGUCACCUCUUUGUGCUCUGGCAAGACUCAGAAUUCGUUUGGAAGAUGUGAACGAUAAUUCUCCAAAAUUCCCUGUUACGGAAUAUCUCGAAUUCGUUGGUGAAAAUGAACCAGCUGGUACGAUCGUUUUCUCAGCUAGAGCAUCCGAUCUGGACCGAGGUAUAUUUGGUUCUUUGAAUUAUUCCAUCGUAUCAGCAGCUGCUACAGGCUUCUCUGAUAUCGAUGACAGCUGGAAAUUAUUUGAGGUUGAUGCAAAAUCAGGAACUGUCACGACGUGCGCUACAUUUGAUUAUGAACAACGGAAUCGUUAUGCUUUCACGUUGCGAGCAACUGAUAUGGGUGGUCGCACGGCUGCAGUCAGAGUUAGAGUAGAGAUCGAAUCAAGAGAUGAAUUCUUUCCGCAAUUUACUGAGAAAAUGUACAAAUUUGGAAUUCGAAGUGGUUCCCAGAUGAUGCCAGGUACUGUAAUAGGUCAUGUAACUGCUACCGAUCGUGAUAAAGGACCAGAUGGAAGAGUAGUGUAUCAAUUGACGUCACAACAUCCCUACUUUAAAUUAAAUCGUACUACUGGUGCUUUAAUCAUCAAACAAAAAUUAAUGCAUAUGGAUAUGGAUGUUGAAGGAUCUUCUAGAUUAGUAGUAAGCGCCAGUUCCGGAAGACAAGGCUCUUUGUCAAAUAGUACGGUUGUAGAAAUCACUUUGGUAGACAAUAAUAGUAGUGAUUCCAGAGGAGUAACUGCUAUGGCAAUACCAAAUGAUGUUGAAUCGAAUAUGGCCGUUGCUGCAUCGAAUGGUUUACCUGAUUGGGCGCUUGGUCUUUUGAUAGCUCUACUUCUUUUGGUUCUUGCAUUUGGCGCCAUAUUUUUGUAUUUUCACUUACGAAAUCGUCGUCACAAAAAACCUGGGACAAAGCCAGGUUUAAACGGAGAAAGCAACGCCACUGCCUCCAACAGUUAUGUGGAUCCCAGUGCUUUCGAUACUAUUCCUAUCAGAAGCGUCGUUGGAGUAGGUGGAAGCGGAAAUGGAGGUUCUGCUGGAGGUGGUGGCGGAGGCGGUGGUGCCUCGUGUCAAUUCGCACCACCGAAGUACGAUGAGAUACCACCGUAUGGAACUUCAGGUCAAUCAGGUCAACAACAAGCUACAUCUGAACUUUCGGGUAGCGAUCAAUCUGGAUCAUCCGGACGAGGAUCAGCCGAGGACGACGGUGAAGACGAAGAAAUAAGAAUGAUUAACGAGGGACAACAAACGGGAGAUUCAGCGAGCGAUUUGUCCGUUCACAAUACACAGGAAUAUUUAGCUAGGCUAGGUAUCGUCGAUCCACCGGCUGGUACUCCGAGAAGACCACCGGAAGCUCUUCCUUUAGAUAGCCUACAUCUAUUUGAAGACGAAGCUACGACAGAAGCAGACAUCGCUACUUUGAUAUAUGGAAAAAUCGGUGAAUCUGGAAGACCUACGUCUGGUCUCGAAGUACCUGGUGGACCCAGCAUGAACGGUUCUUUAAGCUCUAUCGUUCAUAGCGAGGAAGAACUUACUGGGUCUUAUAAUUGGGAUUAUCUUUUAGAUUGGGGUCCUCAGUACCAACCAUUAGCUCACGUUUUCGGUGAGAUCGCUAGGCUCAAGGACGAUGCUGCCAGUGUACAAAGCGGGAAUUCUGGUAGCAGUGGUAGAGCUAAGUCUGUACAUAAAGCACCGCCGCCACCUCUUUUAACUUCUGUUGCCCCAAGAUCGCUAGCAGCUCCGGCUUUGGCCAGAGCUAUUUUACCAAGAUCACCAAUUAGUCAUGAUGCUUCCACUUUUCCCUCGGCUGCUCUCAGUCCAAGUUUCUCACCAUCCUUAUCACCAUUGGCUACUAGGAGUCCAAGUAUCAGUCCUUUAGUUCCACCUGCAACGCAGAGAGCCAGUCAAAGUGCCAACAGAGGUAUCCCCGUUACCAACGCUGAAUUGAGGAUCUAAAUUAAUUAUUCGAAUUUAUGGAAGAAUAUUAGAAUUUUUAGUGUACAUUAAACUAAUGAUUUACGCUUUUUUCGAAAUCAAUAUCCAUAAAAAAAAAAAAAAAGUGUUUGUGUAAAAGAUCAUUUAUAUACUAAUUAAUUUGAAAACCGGUUGAGACUCUUCAUUAAAACAAAUCGAACGUGAUAGUUUGUAUUGAUUGGUGCUGUUGGAUAACGAAGCCUGUAUUGUGAGUGAAGUGUCGAUAAAUGAAUACUGUAAUAUUUUUUUAAGUGAAUGAAUGUGUCCUUUUGCUCCUUGCAUGCAUAAUACUUUCUAUUCGCGUGUAUGUAAUAGAAUUUUUGUUUUAAAAUGUUUUCGUUUCAAGGAGUUAGGCCAUUCUCUUAAUGAUCAUUGCGAUGAAAUGUGCCUGUUAAAAGAACUUGUAUUAAAUGUAAAAGAACAACUUCCAUAGUAAAUAAUAAUUUAUAGAUUUUUAUUCGUCGCGAAUGUUAAAGGUCGUUUAAAAAAGGAACGCGAUAGGACGAAUAAAUCUGAUGAUAAGAGAAACCGCGAGAAGAAGACUGAUCGCAUUUUUAAGAAGAGCACUCAAUAGGAUGUAUUAUUGUAUAAUAUUAUUUCGAACGAUCGACGUCUUAACGAUAGUUAAUAAACAAAAGAAAAAGAAUACUCGAGCGAAAUUGUACAUACGAAAUUAGUUAAAUGUUUAAGUAAACGUGUAAAUAAUAAUUAACUCGACGCGAAUAGUAAGAAAACUCGCCGUAUAAUCAAAAGAAAAUAAAAAUGGUCUAGAGACUGUCUGUAAAGGAGAAAAAUCAAAGCGGUCACAACGCGUUCAACGAAAUAGUACGCUCUUGUACAAUAAAAUUAAAUUCCUGUAAUAAUUUUUAAUAAUGAUUCGAUUGACGUUAAGUUGAUCGAUAGCGUUUCUUCUUUCAUCGAACGCGUCGUGCUCGUUCCCAUAAUCAAUUAACACAUUGUCGCGAUCGUACUGAUCGCUAUAAAAUAUUCGCGGCAAUGUGACUUUCAAAAACAUCUUUUUCUUAAUAUCCUUUUUAAUUUUCUAUCAUCUCUUUUCCUUCUUUAUUUCUCUCUCUCUCUCUCUCUCUCUCUCUCUCUCUCUCUCUUUUCUAUCUUUUUCUCUCUUUUUUUCUUUUUUUUUUCUCUCUCGUCCGACUCUCGAUAAAAAUCUCGAUGUAACGAGAGCCGGUUGUCAUCUCUUUCAAAUAAAUGAAUAUAGAUACUCAUCGACGAAUAUAGAUAAUGUCAUAUUUUGUAUAAAAAAAACAAAAAAAAAAGAACGUUCUCUCAUUCCAUUGUACAAAGACUCUUCCGAGCCGAGGAGACCCACUUUAGUGGGAUUUAA